ACUCAAAUAUUUCUUACAGCAAGUCGAUCCUUCUUACUACGCCCAUUCAUUCCUUUGAAAUAAUAUAUACAACUCAAUCGAUUACAUUCUUGUUCAACAACUAUAUGAAAUUUGGAAUUAUUCAUACAUUCGUUACUGGAAGCUGAUAGCAAUAUAUAACCAAUCACAACAAUAUCCUGUCUUUAUUAUAAGUUUAAAUGGUUCGUUUAGAUUUCUUAAAGAACGAAGUCGGUGACGUUAUUACAAAGACAGUAACAACACCAUCAACAUCAUCAGAAUCCAAAAGGAGCUUAAAGAAGAAUGACAAUAAGAAAAAAGACCCGAAUGUAACGCGAUCAAGCAUGAAACAUAUAAACAAUAACACAUCACUUUUACCAACAAUUACAGCUCCAAAUACAAUCGCCUCUUCUUCAUCGCAAGAUCGAGCAUCAUUACUUACGAGUGCAUCUUCUCGCUUUGGCAAAAGUUUGUUGCCAAAUUGGUUUAGCGGUGGUGGAUUUACCGCAACAGAAGGCGACUCGACGAAUAGCAAAACUGACCCAAUGAGUCUAAAAGAUAGACACAUUUCUGUUGUUAGUCUAUCUCCCUCCACAGUAUCCAUAGGGUCCGUUUCCUCAACAGGCACCAUAACAAAUGAAAUGGACGCAAAGGAUGUAACAAACACAUUCGAGACACUAUUGGAUGAACUCAAUAUGAAAGAUCUUAAUCGCGAAAAGCUACGGCAGCUUUCUGAAGAGCAAAAGCUUUACUUAUUACAGCAAAAUCAUCAUUUGAAAGAAAGUAGCUCGAGUAGUUUUACUGGAUCAAGAAAGUCCACACCUUUAUCUACAUCAACUUCAUCUAUUUUCAGCAGUAAGAAAGGUUCUCGACCAAAAACACUAAAGCGAAGUGAAACCAGUGUUACUAGUAGUAGUCGCGUUUUACUUGCCUUGAAUACAAGUUCAUCAAAUACCAUGAACAAACAAAACAAUAAUAGCGACGCCGCCAAAUUUUCAAAAAGUCGACGGUCUUCUACCACUACUACUGCUAUAAAGAGCCCCAAGACGAGCCAUAAGGAAAUAAAAAGUAGUAGUAGCAAUGCCAAUUUACCAAAAAUGAAUACGCCGUCAACAGAUUUAAAAUCAGUCAUAUCAUCUCCUACAAUUUCACAGCCGGCUUCAUCAGCUUAUAUUCUACAAAGAAAGACGAGCGAUAAUAAGGAGUCAAUAUUAUUAAAUGAAGAGGAGGAGAAAAAACAAACACUAUCUUCAUUGAAUAGAAUGAACACAAACAGUCGAGCAACCACCUACAAAUAUGCCCGAAAAAAUUUAUCUUCCAGUGUUCGAAGUAAUCGAUCUAAAGUGGGUUCCAUAGUGCUCGAAUUCGAUGCAUUGGCCAAUAAAACAGGAGAAGCUACCACGGAUGAGUCUGCAGUCUGGUUAUUGCUUAACAGUAAAAAUACGGGUAGUGCUAAUAACACACUUUCUCAUCGCUUUAACACAAACAAUAUAAGCACCACCACCCACUCAAUAAAAUCACGUCCCGCCGUCAGUAAGAUUUUUGCUUCGUCUAAUAACAGCACGCACCAUAACAACUCUUUGAAAUCAGUUACUCCAGAGGUAUCCACAUCAACUUCUCUGUUGACAAACAGCUAUGCAUAUCAGAGUUUGACAAAGAAGGAUGGAGGUCGGUUAUCUAAUUUGGUCACAGCUUCUUUGACGAUGACGGACGACUGCAUGAAACGGAAUAAAGAUCGCAACAGUCCGUAUUACUACGUUGAGCGUUUACGAAGCAGAACAGUAUCUUCUGAAAACUUAACAAAGCAUCUACAGUCUUUACGCAUUACAAUGGCUACAGGCAAUGUAUCUUGGAUCAAUGAAUUCUUGUCGAGGCGCCAUGGUGGGCUUGGAGCUCUAGAAAAUGUUUUUGAAAAGUUACUCAAUAAAAGGUCAAAAAAAAAGAACUUGUUGAAAUUGACAGAUAACGAUAGCCAGUGCUUGUUCGAAUGUAUUAAAUGCAUUCGAGUGUUGUUGAAUACGGCUCCUGGACUUCAACAAGUACUCUCGCGGCCUACUAUACUUUACACACUGCUGCUUGCUCUACUUUCCUCAUUGGCAUCUAUCAGCGUAUAUAACGCAGCCGGUACUUCUACUGCUAAUUCAUCAUCUAUCUUCAAGCGGUCAUCAUCUAUCUCCUCCAUUGGGUCACAGCUCAUACCUUCGUUUUCCAUGAACAGUAUAAAUAGUUUUGUCUUAUCGCCGUCUCAAUCAACUACUUCUACAACCAAAGAAGCGGCCAUUUCUACAACCAUCUCCUCAACAGGCAAUCAUACUACUUUCAUCACUAUUACUUUGUACAAGAUAUGCACAUCUCUAUUUGACAUCUUUGCGUCGCUUUGUACCGUUUCGCCGUCUGCAUAUGAUCUUGUACAAACUAUCUUUUCUGAAGUAAAAGGUGAACUAUACAGAUUUGAGCGUAUCUUUCAAUAUUUACAUGAUCUCGCAGAUUUUUGGAUAGAGCACCAGUAUGCAACUGAAGAAGUACCUACUACCCCAAUCCACGUGAAACGGCGUUCUGCUUGUUUAGAUGAUAUACAGCAACAUGACACAGUCCUCCUAGAUUGUCUCAGUUCUGCCUUCACCCUGUUCAGCCAUAUUGUCCAGGCACCCGAAUCUGUUGAACAACGAGUGGCACUGCGUAGUGAACUUGAAAGAAGAGGAUAUGAAGAACUGAUAAAGAAGCUAGAGCGUAAAAAAGGUUAUCUUUCAAGUGCUUUGGAGAAACAGAUUGGUAUUUAUUUUCAAAACAAACAGUUGGAUCAAAAAAAGCAACGAGUAGCCGAAAAUUUUAAGCGACAAAGUCUUUUACAACUACAACAUGAUGAUGUUCUUGGUGCUGCUUUAAAGUUAUAUCAAAAUGAUAUAGAAAUUUAUUACCUAGUUUUGGAUAGCAUGAGCGAACUGAUCACUACAGGUUCAGAUCAGUUAUCAACCAAUAAACAGCUAGUACACGAUAUUUGGAGUAUUGUACAUUUGUUUGUUAAACACCUAAAAACGGUACAUAAAAGCGACGACUUUCAUUCUGCUUUACAGCAAUUUAUUACAUCAGCGCAGCCAAUUGUAGGGAAACUAAGUUCAUCAAAAGAAGAGACUGAAGCAAAGCGUCGCAUAUCACUGGAUAUCAGCUCAUGCAUCACAACGCCGUCGAAAGGACAUAAUAGCAAUGAUGAAGAUGUGGAAGGACUAAGAAACAUGGUAGAGGAACUUAAAGCAAAUUUACAGGAAUGUCAGGAAGUGACAGCCAAGAUUCGACGAGAAAAGAACGACUUACUUAUGAAAGUAUCCAAAGCACUAGCCGACGUUAAAGAGAGAGAUGACCGUAUAAUUCAAUUAGAAAAUUUGAAAAAAGACGACUCACCCAGUAACAACACAUUUUGUUUCGAUGAGACUGAGCAAAAACUCAUGGAUGCUACUCCUCCACCGCCCCCACCACCGCCUCCACCUCCACCACCGCUGGCACCCAGCUAUUAUCAACAAUCCCCAGCUACUCUAAACAUUGGCAUAGAAAAGAUAGACGGUCUGCAACAGUCAACGUUGAAACGUAGAAGACCUAUAGUUCAUAAUCCUGCUCAACGAGCUUCUCGAUAUCUACACCCCUUAGCAUUAAAUCUGUGCUUUCCUGACCUGAAAUCACUUCAUGAGAAUAGCACACAUAACGCUGGUCUUCUGUCACCAACAUCACCAAAAUCUCCAGUAUCAUCUAUAUCGGCAAUGUCGCCCGCUUAUGUGCAUAUUCGCGAUGACCAACAUUUGUUAUCCAUGAGUCACAACUCAUCACAACCAUCACAGACGGAUAUUGUUAUGAAGCAAUUUUUCUGGUCCAAAUUGUCUUCUGAUAAAAUUGAAAACACCGUGUGGGGUGAAUUGUUGAAAUCAUCAAAUAGACUACCUACUCCAGAUACUAGCAGCGUUGAAAGCAGUGACUGCAGUAGUAGUGAUGAGGAUGAUUCCAUUUCCACGGCUACUGCUUCUGCUGAAAUUGGUCAGCAAAACUUGUUGAAUCUGCAACUUGAUACAGUUGAGCUGGAGCGUUUAUUCAAAAAGACAGCAAGCGCUGCUAAUGCAUCUACCAAUAACAUCAUCCAAGCAACUUCUUCAGCAGCAAAAACUAUCACUACCUUUUCAGGUAAUGAAAUGUUACGCAAGCAAAACAAAGUAACUUUAUUGGAAUUCAACAGAGCCAACAAUAUCGCCAUUAUGCUGGCAAAGAUAAAAUACGCUUAUUCAGAAAUUCGUGAUGCUAUCUGGAACAUUGAUGACCAUAGCCUGACUAUCGAUAAUUUGAUAGCCAUUCGUCAAUAUAUACCUACGAAGGAAGAGAUUGAGAUUGUCAAAGAGUAUCAAGGUGAUACUGAGAUGUUAGGUAAUGCGGAACGUUACUUUAGGUCUAUCAUGUAUAUACCGCGACUAGCGGACAGGGUCAGUUGUAUGAUUUUCCGUCGACGUUUCAGAUCUGAAUUGGAAGAAUUAUUACCUAAGUUAGACGCCAUUCAAAUGGCUAUUACAGAACUUAGAAUGAGCGAGAAGUUUAAGCAUAUUUUAAAGACUGUACUGGCCAUUGGCAAUCAUCUCAAUAACAAAACCAUUCGAGGAAAUGCAUGUGGUUUCCAUCUCGAAGCAUUAUUGAAGAUGAGAGAUACAAAGGCAGAAGGGGAGGGAAUGGGCAAUGUGCCUACUUUGCUCCAUUAUUUGGUGCACUUCCUGUCAAGGUCAAACGGCAACGUCGUCAAUGUUAAACAAGAUAUGCCACACUUACAAGAAGCAGCUAGAUUAUCUUUCUCUGCUUUAAACGCUUGCGUUAAUUCACUCAGCAGCAGCUUAUCUCAAGUGAAAGAUGAACUUAGCGUAAACAGAAAACGAAAACCGUCGGAACUUCAGAUUGAUAGGUUUGCCGAAGCGAUGGAGGAAUUCACAUUAGAAGCAGAGCCUAUUAUCAGUGAUUUAAAGGUGAUGACAAAUGAUAUUCAGGAUAAAUUGAAAGAGUUGAUCUUGUUCUAUGGUGAAGAUCCAAACGCUAUUGAUUCCGAAGACUUUUUUGACAUCAUAGCAACUUUCUUAGGAUCUUUUGAGAAAGCGCAAACGGAAAUACAUGAAGCUAAAGAACGAGCAUUACGACGACAACGACAAAUAGACAUGCAAUUGAAGAGACGGCAACAGCAACAACAACAACAACAACAGCAAUUAUCUACAGUAACAACGAGCCUCAACGGAUCACUGCUUACCAACACCUCGCUCAAUUAUUUUGAGCUUCAAGAACCUCAGAGUUUCGAACAAAUACUAAAAGAGCUCAAGACUGCUCUCAAGCCUAGCGGUGAAUAAGGCAUAUUAGUAUAGUUGUAGCAAUAAGGGCAUAAUAUCGGAAUAAGAAAUAAACUCAUUAGGUGGAUGAAUAACAAAAAGCUUUCUACACUAGGAAUUU